AUGGUUAGCGCUUUGAAUGGCUUUGGUCUGGCUAUUGGCACUAUGGAUAUUAUUGGAGCUGUCUUCUUUGAGCUGAUGAUCAUUUGCAUGCUGUGGCGUAGCAGGGUUACUGUUAAAAAGAAUGGCAGCAAACAGGCAAAGAAGAUGACAUUCCAAGGCAAAGAAGUUGGCCGUCGAAUGUUGUGGAUCUAUGUGUUUCUCUUGAAUAUAUGGAUAUUGGCUUCAGUGCUUUUAAUUUGUGGCAUUUUCUUGAAGAAACCUCAGCUGUUGAUCUUCUGGCUGAUCUGGUGUCUAGGGGGACUGAUAUUGGAUAUAGUAUUUAUGCUCUGGUGGCUAUGGGAGUUGCUCACUGGCGAUGCCAUUGAUGCCUUGACCAACAUUCUAAUAUCAAUACUAACAAUGGCAAUUGAGUUUUGUUUUGUCUACGCAGUCUACAAUAUUUAUAUUAACCUAUCAAGUUCAGGUGAUGGAGCAUCGAAUUACAUUCAUCCAUUAUUGCGCUUUUCAUAUUUUUUAUUUUAAACAAACCAUUUAUCUAGUUUGCAAAUAUAAAUCAUUGGAAAUUA